AUGAUGCGGCCCCACCCUCAGGAAACCCACAACUGUAUAUUCAGAAAGGGAUGGACAGACCAACUGACAGAGAGAUGGAGGGACCUGCAGCAGCAAGAGGAACGGCCGGCCAGCCAGAUGGAGGGUCUGAUGGACAGAGGGGACCACCUAGACCGGUCACCCCCGUUUCCCCCUCGGGCUCCUUCGCCCCCGCCGCCUCUGUCUCCAGUGCCCCCUUCGCCAGGACCAUCGGAACAAGGAGCCCGCCAGCUGCUGCUGGACGAGUGGGGGACCACCGGAGCGGAACUGAACCUGCCGGCGGGUCUUAGCUGGAAACUUCUCUACGUGCGGAGGCCGCUCUACCGCAACCUGCUGCGCUCCCCCAACCCCGAGGGCAUCAACAUCUAUGAACCACCCCCACCCUGUGGCCCUGCUCGGCCCCUGGAGACCUUGGGUAACUUUAGUGGAUGGCAAAUAAGCACUGAGAAACUGCUCCCCAACUUCAGCUGGACAGUGAAGCAACAGUGUGUGGACCUUCUGGCUGAGGGUCUAUGGGAGGAGCUCCUGGAUGAUGAGCAGCCGGACAUCACUGUCAUGGACUGGUUUGAGGACAGCCGCCUGGAUGUGUGUGUGUAUGAACUCCACGUCUGGCUCCUGGCUGCUGAUAGACGGACCAUCAUCCGACAGUACCAUGCUGCUCCCCGACCCUCUCCACAGCGCCCCGGGGGAUCGUGGUGCCAGGUGUCUCAUGUAUUCAAACGCUAUGGCUCAGGAGUCCGAUACAUUCACUUCAUGCACAAAGCAAAGAACCGUCUGGGAUCUGAUGGCUUUCGGAGAACCCGUAUAACUGACUCCUCAGUAUCCCUGCAGCUACAGAAUUGACCUGCCUUCCCCCAUGCACAUCGCUGUCCCAAUGACCUCUUCUCUCCUUCCCCCACAUCCCUCAUGCAUCACCUGGUGACUUCCCCUCCCUUUGUUUUUUGGGUUUUUUUGGUGAGGCAAUUGGGGUUAAGUG